AUGGCCACAUCUAUGGCAGCAGCUGUAGCGGCGUCACUGCCCGCUGCGCCCCAAGCGCCCGCCCCAGCUGCCCCCGUUCUCGAACAAAUCCCUGCUUCAAUGUCGAAGGCCGUUGAUCCUGAGGCUGAGAUACCCAUCAGCUAUGCGCAACUGGAUGGCUUAGUGGUUUCGAAAAUCAUCAAGCACGCGAGUGAGGCAAGAUCCGCUACGGGACUCUUGCUUGGCCUCGAUCUGGACGGCGUUUUAGAAGUUUCCAACUCCUUUCCUUUGCCCACGCAGCAUACGUCCUCAGAGGAAGAUGACAAGUCUUCUAAGGCGAUUGCGCGCUACCAGGGAUCUAUGCUGAGGUCACUUAAGGAAGUGCAAGCGGAUGAUAGCGUAGUUGGUUUUUACCAGGCUACCACGAUGGGUGCUUUCUAUACCCAGACUUUGAUGGAGACACAAGCCAUCUAUCAGGAGAAACUUCGCCAUGGAGGUGUGGUAAUCGUUCAUGAUAUUACGCAAAGCACCAAAGGGAACGCAUCCUUCAAGGCCUUCAAACUGAGCAAAGCUUUCAUAGACGCACACAAGCGUAAGAACUUCAGCUCAGCGAGCCUCGCGAACCACCGCCUCACUUUCUCUUCCAUCUUGCAAGAGAUACCACUGAAGAUCCGUACCAAUGCUCUCCUAUCCUCGUUCAUUUCGCGUCUAUCUCAGCCCACGUCAACAUCGUCGACCGGUCCAGUAGCCAACCUGGAGCCAGCAGCCGUACCAUCAUCCUAUCAAGUCUUGUCUCUUGAUUCGACGACGAUCAGGCAACCGCUUUCGAGAUUGAUCGAUGCGCUCGAUGCCUACAAAACCGAAGAGAAUAACCUCGCAUACCUCUCCCGCCAGAUUGCCAGGGAAAAGGCGAAGGCGGAAGGCCUUCUGCAAAAACGGAGAGACGAAAACGCCGUGCGCCAGGCCCAAGGUCUCCAGCCCCUCCCAGAGGCUGACGUGCAACGGCUCGUCAAAGUCCCGCCUGAGCCAAGCCGGCUGGAAAGUAUGCUGCUCAUCGGCCAGGUGGAUGCAUACGCGAAGACCUUGGAAGGUGGCGCGAGUGCCGGACUGGUCAAGAUGUAUGGGACGAAAGCCGACGCUGCAGUGUAA